GGCAACAGUUACCAUGACAACAGUACACAGACAGAGUCAGCCCGUCAGUUUGAGGAGCGAGACAGCAGUUAUUAGACGGUAACCUGCAGCUAAAUGAAAUGCUGAGCCAGCGUGGCACCAGAUGCCAGAAGUAACCUUGGAGAUGUCAUCGCCACAGCACAAAGGACCAGAGAUUCCCUCAGGCAGUGUUGUUGUUUCAGAAGCUGAUGGUGCUGCCAAAUCACACAAACCAGACAUGAGGUGGAGAAGGAAGGAGACUCCACAGAGCCCAUUCAAAGUGCCAGAGAGUAAUAAUAUUUUUCUACAGAGCAUUAGCGAAAAAGAGAACAAAAAAGAGGUUGUGAGUCCUGCUGCUGUUCUCCUCCAUGCACAGGAGAUGCGGACAUUCUUGGCGUUGCCAAUUGACAAGAAGACAACCCACACUGCAAGAAUGAUGGCCAAGCUGAAGAAAGCACUGGUAGAGCAAGAGGAGGAGGAGGGGGAGGAAGAAGAGGAGAAGGUGAAGAGUCUAAAACAAGUCAAGAGUGGGAAAGUUCUCCAAACACCCGCCAGACGCGAGCUGAAGAUGGCCAUGAUGAAACGAGAAAACAUUAUGAAGGACAGCAAACAUGACUUAAUCUCCAUGGAACGGCAGAAGGCAGUGCUGGAGUUAUCUCUGAUGACGAAGAGAUCAGAAAUUAUGCGGAUGGACAAGUGCAUUGCAAAAGAGGAGGAAAAGCUGAAAACACUCGAAAAAAUCAUUGAGAGAGACAACCUCAAGUUUGAAGAGUUCCUCAGAGAAAACGAGAAGAAGUCUGUCAAGGCCAGAACACUUUUUGAACGCGAGGCCAAGUCCAAACAGGACAAGAAUGCUGAGAUCAAGAAGCUGACUGCUGAAAUUUGGACAGUACAAAGUGAACUCACCAAGUUUGAAGAGACCCUGAUAGACAGCAAGAGAUACAAGGAGCUCCUGUUCAAGUUGUCUCCUCCAGAGUGGCAGGAGGCCCAGAAGCUCAAGGCUUUGAAAGCUAAAGGCCUGUCUCCCAAAGAAGAGGAGUCAUCUAUUGAGGAGUCAUCUAUUAGGAAUGGUUUGGAUAACGAGGUCUCCAGUCCAGUUAACGAGCUGCCCGCCAUCAGAGAGACCUCAGCCGCCACCGACACAAAGUCCACAAAUCCCAAUCCAGAUCGCGAUAGCUCAGAAUAUGAGGAUGAGCCGGAGCUGUACUUCACUGAUCCCCAGCAGCUACUGGACCAGGUGACUGAGCUGACAGAGCAGAACUUGUCUCUGAUUCAGGCGUCUGCACGGGCGGAAGGGACACUGGUAGAGAUGCGGCAGUUGUUGGAGACAGCGAGUAAGAAGAUUGAGAAGGAUGAAGAGCAGCUGAAACUCCAGAUAAACGACAUGAAUGAGAGGGUUGACAAGGAGAGGAAGAGCGCCGUCAAGCUCAAACAGAAGGUUCAGCUCCAUGUCUCACUGAACACAGAAGACCAGGAUCUUAUGUUGGAAGCCCUCGGUGCAAAGGUGGCAGCGGUGCAUCGCUGCUGCGUUGAUGACAGGACGACCAACAUCAGCACCUUGGAGAAGCUGACCAACAUUGAGAAACGUAUGUCUGUGCUACUGCAGGACCUCGAGAGCAUCCCUGAAGACAGCUUGAAGAUGAUGAAGAAGAUCAAGGACAGUGAGAGGAGGAGCAGGGAGCGUGAAGAAAAGCUGAGAGAGCAGCAAGAGAAACAGAAGGAGAGGACGAAGAGGUACACGGAGAGAUCCCUGGCUGACUCCAAGAAAAUAACUGGGAGAAAGCUCAUGCCCAGAUGCCUGCCUGUUACCCAGAGAGUCAAAGUCAGCAAUAUGGACGACGGCCCUGCUGAGGAUGAGCUCCACGCCUCUCUCUAUAGCACUGAGGACAUGGAAUAAGAAAGAGAGGAUGAGUGCAAUCUUGACUUCAACACAGCAGCUGAGGAGUAAAAAUGUGUUGCAGUUGGAUAUUUAGUUGUCUGCUCCAUAGACUAAAUAAAACAACAAUCAAUGUUAACACAAAA